AUGUCCACGGACAUGCCGGUCAGCAGCCUGAACAUGGAGUCCCAGCUGAUGUCCGUCAUGAACGUGCUGGUGAAAGCGGCCGUGGUGGAAAUCAUUCAGCUGUUCUCGGAGAGCUCGGAGUCUCUCCGCCUGCAUUUAACCCAGACCCUGAAGGAAAACGAAACCCUGAGGAUGAGGAUGAAGGGGAUGAGGGGUGAGCUGUUCUCCCUCCGGCUGCAGACCCGGACCAACCGACCGGUCAGCCGCUUUUCCACGUUCAGGGGCAGCGUUCCCAAACCCCGGGCUAAACCACAAGUUCUCAUAAAGCCGCCGGAGAAGGCGGCAGGGGAAGCUGCCUCCAUCCCUCUCCAGCCAGAGAAAGAGACCUCGUCCUCUGCCCCUCCGGCCCGGUGUACAGAUGUGGAGAGUCCAGAUGUCAUUCUGAUCAAGGAUGAAGAUGAUAUUGGAGGAUGCGGAUCAGCUGUUGAUGACAGCGUGCGGCCCGGCGUUGCCACAAGGCCUCGAGAGCUGGACUCAGCGGGCUCCUCCUGUUUGGAAGAUGACCACCAGGAGCUGAGAAUUAUCAGCGUCCAGGGCGGAGGGGAAGCGCCCCUGCAGGGGGAGAGCGACACGCUCUUCUCCGCCUCCGAGCUUCAGGUGCUGAGCUCUCUGUCCGACCACAACGGCGGCCUGCUGAGCUUCCCCCCCGGCGCCAGCGACCGCGCCCCGCUGAUGCUUCUGCAGGAGGACGGCGUGGAGGUGGUGAGGGGCAGCCACCUGGACAGGAGUCACCCCGCUCACAUGCCCUCGGCCACGCUGAGUCCCACCUUAAAGACGCCUUUGCCGGGAGCUAACGGUCCGGUCGGGCACCCCAGCCACGUGGGUCAGUUCCCCCCGCCGCCGGCCGGCUUCCCCCACGCCGCCGCCAAACCGCUGGACUGCAGCUUCUGCGGCGAGCGCUUCCCCAGCCGCGAGGACCUGAUCGUGCACCGCGCCGGCCACACGGGCGAGGCGCCCGUCUCCUGCUCCUUCUGCGGCAAGUCCUUCGUCAACAAGACCACGCUGAGCAUCCACAUGCGCAUCCACACGGGCGAGAAGCCCUACGCCUGCCCGCAGUGCGGCAAGCGCUUCACGCAGAACGGCAGCCUGAAGAUCCACCUGCGGACGCACUCCGGGGAGAAGCCCUACAUGUGCAGCCAGUGCACCGCCAGCUUCAACAACCCCAGCAACCUGCGCAGGCACAUGAUCACACACAGCACGUGA